AUGGGGCUAUGGAACUACGGCCGAAAAGGCAAGCACGACCGCGAGGCUGGCUCCUCGUCGGGACGCCGCCGCGGCUCAGUGAAGAAGGAGGAGCCCGCGUCGCCAUCGCCACCACGCCGGGCCCCCGCGCCGCCCGCGUUCUCCAUCGCGCCCACGUCUGCCGGCGAGCGCGACCGGCAUUACAUUCGCGCGUCAGUGUGCCGCCGUUAUUGGGAUACGAGGACGCCGCUCCCCUGGAGCGACGUCCAUCUCCCCAAUAACUGGCACCUCUCCGCCGACCGGGUCCCGAUCCCGCCGGUCCUGACGAGCGGCCGUGCGCGCGACGAGGAGAUCGAGCACCCCCGCCGCCUCCUCCCAACGACCUCUUCUACGACCCCAGGCACGGCCCCGACUCCGGGCUCUGGGACACCUGGUUUCGUGAUGAGCACGACACCAGGCGCGCGUCGUUCUUCGCCGGCACGUCGACGGGUCCGUGGCGGCCACGUCGGGAGUGCGCAGCGCCUGCUCCCCAGGAGCGCGGGCGUAGGCGGGUGCGCGGCGUCACGCCCACGCCGUCGCCAUCUCCAUCGCCACCACCACCUCCUCGCAUGA